ACUCUGGCACUGAGUCGCGACAUCAUUGGCUUCCCCCAGGACCGGAUUUCCGCUUCUACCGGAAGUCUUAUAUUUGGCCUAAGUGUAGCAGGAGAAAUGGCUGCUUCCAUUGUGUAUGGCUAAGCUAACUUACAGUUGGAUUGGAUUUUUUUAAUUUAAAGGCUCGGAGGCUUUAAUUAGCAACGGCGUAUUUGUGGUAAGCAAAGAUCUUAAGAUGUUAAACGAUAAUUGUUAGUGUUAGUUUUGAACUAUCAAGAGCGCAAGAAAGCGGAAACCUAUAGCGAUAUCUAGCUAACGCUGUAUUAGCGAGCUUAUUAGCUUUCAGCCUAGCUUGUAGUAAUUAGCUAGUUUAUUAAAUUAGUCGUUAUCCAAGCUUAGUGUUUUUUUCUCUCGUACAUUGUGGUUUAACAUUAGUAGUACAGCGCAUCAAUGCCUGAGCAAGGCCCGAGAAUGAACGGCUUCUCCCUGGGCGAGCUGUGCUGGCUGUUCUGCUGCCCGCCCUGCCCGAGCCGCAUCGCCGCUAAGCUUGCCUUCCUGCCCCCGGAGCCUACGUACUCGGUGCACACGGAUGCCGAGGGCGCGUGCAGCCUGCACCUGAGCGAGCGCGCGGAUUGGCAGUACUCCCAGCGCGAGCUGGACGCCGUGGAGGUGUUCGGCACGCGCACGAGCCGCGGCAACCGCGUGCUCUGCAUGUUUGUCCGCUGCGCGCCCAGCAGCCGCUACACGCUGCUCUUCUCGCACGGGAACGCCGUGGAUCUCGGGCAGAUGUGCAGCUUCUACAUCGGCCUCGGCUCCCGCAUCAACUGCAACGUCUUCUCCUACGACUACUCCGGCUACGGAGUGAGCACCGGGAAACCGUCCGAGAAGAACCUGUACGCUGACAUCGAGGCGGCCUGGCAGGUGCUCAGGACAAAGUAUGGCGUGACCCCAGAGAACAUCAUCCUGUAUGGGCAGAGUAUCGGCACAGUGCCGACGGUGGACCUGGCGGCACGGUACGAGUGCGCAGCAGUCAUCCUGCAUUCUCCGCUCAUGUCUGGACUGCGCGUGGCCUUCCCCGACACACGCAAAACCUACUGCUUCGAUGCUUUCCCCAGCAUCGAUAAGGUGUCAAAGGUGGCCUCUCCGGUCCUCGUAAUUCACGGCACGGAGGACGAGGUGAUCGAUUUCUCUCACGGCCUGGCCAUCUACGAGCGAUGCCCGCGUGCCGUGGAACCGCUGUGGGUGGAGGGCGCUGGGCACAACGACAUCGAGCUGUACGCCCAGUACCUGGAGAGACUCAAGCAGUUCAUCUCCUUCGAGCUGGCUACCUCCUGAAAGCACACUGCAGCACACUGUACAACAUCACGGCACACACUGCGAUGAGCUCCUCUCAGCUCUUUACACACCGAGCCGAGGAUCAGCGUCAAGGAUUUGCACUUGCUGACAGAAAUUCUGGACUCUUCUUUUUAAGUGUACAUGGUGGUAUUAAGGAACGGGGCCUUUCCAUUUCUGCAAAGAGGAAAAGCCUUUUAUCAAUUUUCAAUUUUUAUUUUCGAUUCUUUUCUACUUGAUGAAGAAACAUUUAAACUGCACCACAAACUUUACUUAUUUUGUGUGUUUGAUUUGUCUAGCUGUUUUUUUUGGGUUUUUUUUUUUUUCGAGUGUGUGUGUGUGUGUGUAUGUGUGUGAGAGAGAGAGUUAAUACCCAACAGGGAUAAAUAAAUGGAUGCACUAUUAUUGUGCUGUUAUGUUCAGUUAACCACUAUUUUUUUAUUCUGUUGUUGUUUUGUUUUAAUUAUUUCUAGGCAUUCCAUUGGUCAGUUGAAUUCUCUUGACUGGGAUAAAAGAGGAUUUGCUCUCAGAUUUCUACAGAGCCAGUCUGUGUGUAUAGUGUGGUCUUUUUUUUUUUUUUCUUUUUUUUUUUUCUUUUUUAAAACGCUAGUAAGUGAAGGAAUACUACCACUGAGAACGCAGCAAUGUUACAUGACUGAUCAAACCACUACAUCGUUUCUGGCUCUGGAGCAUGGUGCUGUGUGUUACUACAGUAAUCGGGGCAUUGUUUGUGCAUACACACUACAUAAAUAAGGUGUUCAUAUAUGAAAUCUUGGUCUCUGUUUUGGCGCCAGUGCUACAGUACGCCUUAUGCUCUGACAUUUUUGCUGUCUAGCAUUUCUCGGGAGCAGGCUUUUCUCAAGGUUAAUACUAGCUGCUACUCUUCCGAUGAGAAAAAUCACUGUGAGACCUAACUGGCAAAACAAUAAGGGUACAAGGUGAAUUGUAUUGAGCCACAAAAAAUCAUCUCACCCGCCCCAAAAUUUUGCAGCUGCUUCCUCAUUCCUGAUAUUAUCUACUGAUCCCAAAGGACUCUAACCCCUGAACACAAAGACAUGAUAACACUAAAAGUCCUCGUAUUUUAGUGCGAGCUUUGCAAAUGUUAAUGUAUUCAGGGGUAGCACUAGACACUAGAAGAUACAAUGGUUUAAUUAACAAGAAGGAACUCGGUUUAUUCGAAGUAGCUGCAAUUACCAUGUUGCAACAUUUGAAGGUUUUUUUUUUUUAGUUUUUAUUUUUAUUUUUGUUUUUUUGAGCAAAUGGGCUGAACUUAUCGGUGUUCAUCUAUGUAUUGCUGUAAGAUAACACUGCAUUGGCAGAUACAUGUGUGUAAAACAGAAUGUUAUUGUGUUUCUCCACGAGUCCUGAACGAGGUUUGAACCUCCUCCUUUAUCCUCAGUGGAGAUUUUGAUGGAGACUGCUUUUAAUGACUGACUGAACACAGCCCUAACUGAGCCCCGCUGUUGCUUUUGAUACUGAUGUUUUUAACAAUGUUUUUUCCAGUACUUAUUAAUAUUAUCUUUACACCUCUUUUAAUGCUGGUUUGUAAGAUAAUCGUACUGUACACAUCUCUCCUCUCGAUAGAUACGUAAAACAGGAAACUGUAUUUAGUCUUUUUAAUGAUUGACACUGGAAUUGCUGUAUGCAAGUAUAAUGCAGAAGAAAAAAAAAAGAAAAAAUAGUUGGUACAAAAUGUGCUAGUGUAAUUUUUGUUUUCUCAGAUCAAAUGAAAAAGCCUUAAAUGUGCUGUGAGACAGAUUUAUUACUCACUUGAUGUUGGCUGUUGCCUCAGAGCAACCCACUGGAUGUUGUAUUGCUAUAUAAUGGAAUAAAGGAUGCAUGGAAUAUUGAA